GGGGUAAACAAACUGUUCGAACAAGGGCUGGGACAAGUGACCCGAUUGGGCUAUUGCAACCCCAGGAAGGCCAGCUCUUGCUCGUCGAAAUAGAGGGAGAAGCAGCGGCGACCAUCGUGGGCGAUGCCGGAAUGGCCACAGAACAGGAGGCAGCAGGUGGUGACGCUAGGUCUUGGGACGAAGAAAGAUACAGGAAGAGCAUUCUCCAGGAGAGGGAACUGCGAUGUCGAACUGUCUUCCGAACUGCCUUCGCCCCUUCCCAGAACCCUAACCCUGAUAUCCUCGUCGUGGCUUCCAGCGAUGGUUCCUUGUCGUGUUACUCCUUGGCUUCCUGCAUCGCCUCUAUGUCUCAGUACCAGCAGUUAGAUAUGGCGACAAAUCUGAGGACUGCGGCUGAUCCAUUGUCAGCAGACCCACUUAGUAUCAUUCCAGCACACAAAGGCCCCACCUAUGAUUUGAAGUUCUAUACUCACGGAGAGAACUGCUUGCUUUUUAGUUGUGGUGACGAUGGCCGACUAAGGGGUUGGAAUUGGAAGGAAAUACUGAGUUCACAUAUUGUUGUGGAUAAAAAGACCCAGGGUAAUUUGUUGAAGCCAAUACUUGACUUGGCAAACCCACAACAUGAGGGUCCUUGGGGGGCUCUAUCGCCAAUACCUGAGACUAAUGCCAUCACAAUCAAUGAACAGGAAGGCUCAGUUUAUUCAGCUGCUGGUGAUGCUCGUGCAUACUCAUGGGACAUUGAAACAGGGAAACAGAAAAUGGUAUUCAAGGGUCAUGCAGAUUAUUUGCAUUGCAUUACUGCUCGUAAAUCUAGUCAUCAGAUUAUCACAGGUUCAGAAGAUGGAACAACACGAAUAUGGGAUUGUAGAAGUGGAUUAUGCACUCAAGUUAUACAAUCUGGGAGGAACCUUAAGUCUAAGCUGUCUUCUUGGGUCAGUUGCGUUGCCAUUGAUUCAAGUGAAAGUUGGCUGGCUUGUGGAACUGGUGCUGGAUUAUCAGUUUGGAGUUUGCUAUCCUAUGAAUGUAUCUUUAACAUAGGCCAUUAUGCUCCAGUGCAAGAUUUGCUGUUUGAUGAUAAUCAGAUUGUUGCAGUUGGAUCAGAACCUGUGCUUACUCGUUUCAGUAUUAAUGGGGCUACUCUUUCACAAUUAAAAUGUGCUCCUCAAUCUGCAUUUUCUGUUUCACUGCAUCCUUCUGGAGUUAUAGCUGUUGGUGGGUAUGGAGCUCUGGUGGAUGUUUUAUCACAAUUUGGUAGCCAUCUGUGCACGUUUUAUUGUCGGGGCUUGGAUAACUAUUCAUGAAUAUCUAUCAUCAUUCUGAAUUUUGAUGGUAUUUGCACUUUGAAUUCAUCUUGGCAAUUAUAUACCUGAGAGCUUGUUGCAAUGUGCACUGCAAAUGUUUCUUUGAUUGGAUCAAUCAUCUUCAAUGGAACAGGCCAAGUGUCUCGGUGGAAGCUUGCAUGCUCGGCCAAUUUUAGUUUGACGAGAACUUCUAGCAUUAGUGCUUUCUAUAUUUUCCAAUUCGACAAUUUGUGAAAAUUUCUAAAAAUCAUUAUCUUACUGGCUGUCUGUAUUAUGCUUCCAGUGUUAAAUGUAAAUUUGUUAAGGUCCCAAGAUGAAGAUUUAUCUGAAAUAAUGAGUUUGAGUACAAGAAGGCA